AUGCCGGAGGCAUAUCCCGCAAGGGUUUCUAGCUUCACUAGUGAAGAUAAAGUGUAUCCCGCUUCUAAUUUGCUGAAGAGCUCAUCCUUCUCUAAGUGGCAAUCAGAAAAGGGAGGUACUAAGCAGGAAGCUGUUGAAUUAAGUUUUGAACGGCCCGUUGAGAUAUCUCGUUUGGACAUUGGCAACAACGGAUCAGCAUUCGUUGAAGUGCUUGUCAGAAGAUCAGCUUCGUCAGACGAACCGACGGUCUUUUUACCGUCUUCCUCCUUCAUGUCUCCCGUUGAGGCAAAAAACGGAACUAAUCUGAAUCGCGUCAGAGUUUUUAGUGGUAAUCAAUUGCUGAGCACUGUUAGCAGCCAAAAAUGGGAUACAUUCCGUUUUGUCUGUACUCAGCCCUUUAACAAAAAUCUGCAAUAUGGUUUAUCUUUCGUCAGCUUCCAUAGUCCUGCUCCAGCGAGCCCAUCUCGACAGCUGUCUAACUUAGCGAAAACCACGGGUCUCCAAACUACCAAUUGCAUUCUCACGGAGGAGGAGGAGGAGGAGGAUGCCACUGCUUUUCAGCCAGGAGCUUUGUUCCGGGCAUCCAAGACUGUUGUCGCAUCGGAUACGGUUGAUACCUCCCUUCAGAAGCUAGUCUCAGGUAACCUGCUCACCAUCUAACUAAUCCGUUCACUUGUUCGUCGGACACAUCGGUUUCAUACUGAUCCUCAACUGCUGUGUCGCACUGUGGCACAAGCACAUGGUACAUCGGCCAGACAAUAAACAACGCAUUGAAUAUAAAAAAAGAAUGAAAAAAAUACUCGACUUCACUGCAAUGAAAUGACGGAAGCUAGCUAACAACAAGGAAUUAGGUUGGUGGGAGAGGCACAUCUCUCGUUGCACAAGUGCUACCGGACUGCCUGCUUCGCACUUGUUUUUUUGCCCAUCGGUAUAGAAGUCUAGAGCGAUCUACCGUUGGCCGCCAACUAAUCACCAGGUGCCCACUCAUUUUUUUCACUCAGCACCCGCUCACUCGGGUGGGAUGCGAUUCGGUAUACUUCCAGUACUACAGGCAACUCAACGGUUUCAGUUCCAUACGUAAGAUGGCACGCCUCAACGCGUCAUCAGUAUUACGCUGCCGUACGUACAAUUGGUCGUUGUCAAAAUGGUUUAUCCACUAAUGGAUUUAAGCACAAAGGGCACUAGUAGUCAAAUAUUAUCCGUCUUUCUUUACACCUUGGUAUGACAGCACAAUGUUCAUGGGUAUUUAUCGAGAGAAAUCGGGCCACUAGUUUUCAAAGUCUCUGUUGGGGGAAUAUUUUCCUCUGUGUUACCGUACCGCCGGACAAGCUUCUCAAAGGUGUCUUGGUCUCUUAUUGGUCCUAGCUUUACUGUUUGUGUUACUCAUCAUCCAUUCCACCCAGCACAUCUCUAGCGCAAGCGCCGAUGCAUUACCCUGUGAUCUGAAAAGUGCGAAACUUGCAAAAGUAAACUGAACAAAGCGCCGGCCCGUAAUCUUAAAGAUCGCAGUCUGCCCGUAGCCUUAAGGAUCACAAGCCUGCCUUGUAAUCCGAUAGCGCGGGCCCGAGCCUGCGUAAUGGCCAAAGAACCCUCGCAGUAUCCUUAACCCACUUGCAGCUGGGGGUGGUUACGC